AUGAUUCUGGCUCCUGCAUUGAAUGGAGAUCAGUGGAUCUCGCAUUUUUAUGACGAGAAUACGCGCUUUCAUAACGUCUUUACGCACCGGUUGAAAAGCGGCUGUGUAGGCGCAUUCAACACCUACAUUCUGCAGAUGCAGAAUAUAGCGAAAACAACGAUCAAGUUCUUCAAAAGUGAUCACGAGCAGACGCUCGGAAAUGCUGUCAAACGUGAAGAAGCGCUUCGAGGAAUUAUUCACGAAUAUUCCGUGGUUGAUACGCCUGAUCAGAAUGGUGCUGCAGAGAGAGCCGGCGCGAUCCUGAUCCUAAAGGCUAGGAAGACGAUGAUUGAGGCAAAAUUGCCUCGGGAUCUCUGGCCCUGGGUCAUCGGCGGAGCAGCGAAUAUCCUCCACGACCACGCGAGGCAACCAAAUACACCUCACCCAAACACGAUCAACCUCGAUCCCAACCCUGACGAGGCGCCGGAAUCAAAGAAGAAGGAAUAUUCGAUGAAAAUUGGCUCAGCACAGUAUACUGCGAUGAUCACAAGGCCCGAUAUUGCCUUUAUGAUUAGCUGUCUAUCUGAAGCGCUCAAAAGCCCCUCGCAGGACCACAUUCGCGCUGCAGAUCGAGUCAUCGAAUAUCUCUACAACACGCGCUUUUACGCGCUCGAAUUCUCCGCCAAGGAAGAAGGUCAGGAGAUCGCAAUAAUUGCCUCCGAUGCAGCCUACGCGGAUCGCCCGGAUCGCCGCAGUUCGGCGGGAUAUCUCGUGAAGCUCUACAAUGGCCCCGUUGAAUGGAAAUCGGGCAAGCAGCGCGCCGUCACAACUUCUACAACUGAAGCAGAGUUUCUCGCCCUGUCCGAGGCGGCCAAGGCCGUAUACUGGUGGCGCAGAGUUUUCAACACCAUAGGAUUCGAUCCUCAACACGAAACGACCGUUUCAUGCGAUAACCAGCAAACCGUUCGUUUGGUCAACCACGAGGACAUUGAGCAACGCUCUAAGUUACGUCAUGUUGAUAUACACCGAUCAUGGCUCCGUCAAGAGGCUCAACGAGGUGAUCUACGCGUGCAGUGGAUCCCUACCGAUCGAAUGAUCGCAGACGGCCUCACAAAACCGCUCCCAACUCAGCAACACCACAAAUUCAUGAAGAUGUUGAAUCUCGUCAACAUAAAGGACCUCAUUCUCGCUCAAGAAGGAAUAUAA